UCCAACCAAUCAAAGCUGUUGAUUUGUACCCGAAUUUUCAUCGUCUGAAAAGUGGGAACCAGCUGAAUUGGGCUACGUAGACAGAAGAGAUCAGAUACUGACAAAAUCAAAAGUAAUUGCAGCUAUAUGGCAGAGGAUAAAUAUUCAAUCUUGCUUCCGACGUACAAUGAAAGGGAGAAUUUGCCGAUUAUUGUGUGGCUGAUCGAGAAGCAUCUCUCAAAAUGUGACAUAAAAUAUGAGAUUAUUAUCAUAGAUGAUGGAAGUCCAGACAAAACAUUGGAAGUCGCUGAGGAACUUCAGAAAAUCUAUGGCAAGGAGAAAAUAGUUCUUCGACCAAGAGAGAAAAAGCUCGGACUUGGAACAGCCUAUAUUCAUGGUAUUAAACACGCCACUGGAAAUUUUAUUAUCAUAAUGGACGCUGAUCUGUCGCACCAUCCAAAAUAUAUUCCAGAAUUUGUCAAGAAACAAAAGGCAGAUAGUUUAGAUAUUGUGUCUGGAACACGUUACAGUGGAAAUGGUGGUGUGUAUGGCUGGGACUUGAAGCGAAAAAUUGUCAGCCGAGGAGCCAAUUAUCUCACUCAGAUUCUGUUACGGCCAGGUGCCUCCGACAUCACUGGAAGUUUUCGACUGUAUAGAAAAGAAGUCCUAGAAAAGCUUGUUAAAGCAUGUGUUUCCAAGGGUUACGUGUUUCAGAUGGAGAUGAUUGUACGUGCACGACAGUUUGGAUUCACAAUCGGGGAGGUGCCAAUAUCAUUUGUUGACAGAGUGUACGGGGAAUCGAAACUUGGAGGCAGUGAGAUUGUCCAGUUUGUUAAAGGACUGCUAUAUCUAUUCGCUACUACUUGAUCAACUAAAUGACAAUCCCAAACACGUUUAUGAGUCACAUGUUGAAUUGAAAAAGUUCUGUUUCGGGCAAAGUGAUAAUAUUGUAAUAAGAAAUAAACCCUGAUUUACAAACUGUAUAAUUUCUGUUUUUGAAGAAUUAUAAUCAAAGUUAAGCAAAGUUUUAUAAUGAAUCUAUCAUAUUUUUUUAAAAUUUUGAUUUGUCACAAGGUUAGUGUGGUUCAUUUUUUGCAUGUGUUACUGUAAAAUUAUUUGAGAAAAUGGAUAAAAAUAUUAGUCAUACUGGUAUUGGAAAUUUCAAGAUACCGUGAAACUAAGUUUGAGAAGAUAUUAAUUUUGUAGAAAAAUCAUGAGUAAAAUUCUUCAGAUUUCA